AUGUCAACUGCGCUCACCGUCGACAAUACUUCUACAGGCAUACUCGCAAGAGCCAUGCUUCGGCGUCUCCCGGUGGAGAUCUGGUUGCAGAUCAUCGAUGAGCUCGGCGCAGCACGCGAAUACGAUACGUUGGAAGCGUGCGCAGAGGUCAGCGAAGGCUUGCUGAAGGAGACAGCGGAGAAGUACAUUCCAAACGAAAUGACACUCAGGACGCGGGAGGAGAUUUUGAGCAUCAGUCUGAAGCAGCGCUGGCAGGGACCAAGGAAAGUGCGCAUCGAGAGAGGACUGCAACAUGGUGAGCGGCUUCCGAUUCCACACCUGGCGCCAUUCGCUGCGAGGCUCGCAGGAAAAUGGUCACGCGUACACUUGCUGACGAUCGAGAGAGCGGAGUGGCGGGUGGACGACUUCCAUCUGCGUUCCCUCUUGCUCGAUUUGGGCUGCUUCCGCAUCACAAACCUUAAGCUGUAUGACGUGACGUUCCCUUCGAUCCCGACAUUUUGGCGCGUUGUCUGCGUCUUCCCUGAACUGUCGGCGCUCUACCUCGAUGGCGUCAAGAUCGUGGAGACUGCCGUCGAUGCCCGGACGCUCUCCGCCUUGCGCCUGCUGCGUGCUCCCCGCCUGCAGUGGAUUGAGCCCGAUCGGCAUUCACACCCAGCAACGGACUUGGCUGGGCUGCUUCACGUGUUUUUAGCGCAGACCGUGCCGUCCCCCAAGGCACUUCCAUGGAGACAUGUCGGGCAUCUGCGCUUGUCCGAUGUCACGCUUCCGACGGCUGCUGCCUUUGGACGCUUGCUUGGCGCCUUUCCCGGCCUCAAAGAACUCAUCAUCAACGGGCCUUGUACGUUCGCCGCACAUGGCUUGAACCCGAGUCAUGCCCCUCGGCGUCCCCACAUGCCAUUAGUAUCCGGAAUUCUAGAGCUGGGCAAGGACUUCUCCCUAUGCUCUGAUCCCCAGUCUGUGCGUGACCUCGUCGACCUCCUCAUUCAAUCUGGUGUCAGUCGCCGCCUGGGUCGUAUCAUAGUUUGGCUGUCCCUGUCCAUGCGUGUAGCAACGAACAUAGAUCUCUCCCUCAAUAGACUUGUCAAGGACGCUGGCAAAUCACUCAAGUACCUUUCACUCCGGGUACUCCCGCAAGACAGCUUACCGCUCUUCAACGAAGCAUCCACUUUAAGCACAGAUACACGUCUCUCGCACCUUGCCUGUUCAGUCAAUAUCACCCACGAGGACGGUUCAUGGAUGGCUCUUCUACUAGAGCUUCUUCGCCAGGUCACAUCCAAGCCAGAAGACUUUGGUUACCUCGAAGUGGCCUUCAAUGUCAUGGACGAUGCAGACCUUACAAAGAUAGUCUCCGGGCCAAAGCUAUGGUGGAGUCAUGCUUACCAAAGCUGGCUGCAUGGAAUGUUCUGUAACAUCAGGUACUAUGCACACCGAGUUCGAACUGAUGAUACGAUUACUGACGGCGGGUGCCUGCAGGACGCCCCACCAAUGUCCUCCCCAGACGCGACCCCGGGCGGAUGUUGGCCUCUCUCGGUGCUGAUUGACAUGCCCGGUCCAUCUUCAUUACUCCGUCGUUCUGUGCGACAGGAGGCUCCGCAGUCGAGCAUCGCGCAAGCUUGGGGGAGUGAGAAGACGGAGACUGAUGUGGCAAAUGAGGCUGCGAGGCUCGAAGCGCUGUCGAGAAGCACCGCGCUCGCACAUGAUCCAGUUCAGAACGCCCAGGGCGGACCAGGACCCACGAUCUCGAGCGUCGGGCAGUUCCAUGCGAAACGCCAGCAUGCCAUCUGGAGGAGCGCCGUGGGACACGAUGGACUGUCGGGUCUGGCCUUAGACCAAGCACAAGAGAGGUACUGGGAAGAUCUUCUGCAGACAUUCCUAGGAUUUGAACGCCGAGAGCGCGUGUCACCGCCCUGUAUGAUAGACAUAAGCUACGAGGAAAACGGGACAUCUUCAACGUCGAGAGCGUACGGACCGGAGCUGCAAAAUCCCAGACAUUUUCUCAAACACCAGUCAAAUGAUAUGCGUCCCGACUCCCUAGGGGAUCCUGAUCAACAGCCUGUAAGCACGGCGAAGAGUGGAAUAGGCAUGAUGGAUUUCCUGCGCAACCUCGGUCUUGCCUUGGUCUCUGGAAUCGAGUCGGAUGAGAGGAAUGUGAGCUCAAAUUCGACUUUUAUUACCUUAGCUCCUGGAGUCAAGAUCAUGGACAUCCCCAGUCUACCCAUCGAGAUAUGGGAGCACAUUAUCGACUACAUGAGCGGCGAUUAUCACUCGUUGACGAGUUGCUCCAUGAAAGGAACGAUGUGGAAAGGCCCUGAGCAGGUGUGCAUUCACGCUCUACACCAUGGUCACGAUCGCCGGAUACCACAUUUCGCUUUAUUCUCAAUCAUGCUCGCUGGCCGGUGGAAGCGGACACGGCAGCUGUCCAUCCACUCAGCGGACUGGCGUGCUCAAGACAUGCUACCAAACGUCUUUCUUGGCCUCGCGACGUUCGAGUUCGUCACACAUCUCUCCCUCCACAACGUUUCAUUACCCUCAAUUGUGAUCUUUCGCCGGCUUGUUUGCUCUUUCCCGAUGCUCCAGCACCUCAGCUGUCAAAAGUUGGUGUUCAGCGUCGAGCACCGCGUUGACUGUCUACGCAGCUCGAAGUAUACGGUAUCCAAAAAGCUCACCCGCCUUUACAUAGGUGGGGGAGCUUCAUGCGUCGGCAUUAUGAACACCUUGACCGCUGCCAAUGCUUGCUCGUCCUUGCAGGACGUUGAUUUCCAAUAUGGGGAUCGCUCUCUACCCGGGGAUCGUCAGGUGCUCCUAUGCAUCCAACGAAUCCUGCGUCAUGCAUCGUCUCUUGCAUAUUUCAAGUUGACCCUGAUCCUGGGGCUCCUGCAGCAAGCGGAAAUUCCUGCCUAUUUAAGGCAACUUGACCUAUCAAAGAACACAAGUCUGAAGACCGUAGAUCUCAAUCUAUUGAUCACCGACCCAGCUGUCGACUACGAAUGGAUUUUCCGCUCGCUGGCCAAUCUCAGUGCUAAAGGACUCCAGAGAUUCUUCAUUACAUUUGAUCUCGAGCCUCUGCAGGACAAUCAGCAAGCCAUCGCCGUACUCGAAACGCUGGGUGCGGAGAUCUUGCCGGAGCUUGAUCGCACAUUAGAGGCGCACGACUUCAUGUCGCUCCUUGACGUCGCCAUUAGAGUCACGCUCCGCAACGAAACAAAGCUGGGUAAGGAUUUCUCGUCCAAAGCCUUGCUAUGUCGGGCCCCUAUUAUGGAAAGCCGCGGAAUUCUUAGGGUAGAGGUGAUGGAGAUUCCGUGGAUUAUUUUGCCAUCGUAG